AUGCAAUUAAAUUGGAGAUUAAUUUAGUUCUAUUCAAAAAACACAAUGAAUGUGACUAUUGGACUGCUUUUAUAUUUAUAUGAUAUUAGUUUAAUACCCUCUCUUGUACUACUUCUUGUGAAUGGGAUGAUAUUGAUAAUCAGCUUAAUGAUCAUUCAAAAAAGAAAAUUAAUUCCAAAAAUAUAUUUUGACUGGUUUAUGAGUGUUACACUAAGUGCCCAUAUAUCAUAUUGUUGUUUUUUAGAUAAGGAUUUAACUAGAACUGCUUAUAUUUUGCUAAAAGCUUAAGAAAUUUAGAUGGUUAAAAAAUAAUCACCCACAAAAUCCUUGGUGUUGCAUUUUGUUUACAACAUUCUAUUUGUUAUCUUAUUCAUUAUUCAUAAAGAAAAUACUAUUCUCUAUAUAGUCACUAUUUAUUGCACUGUCUCACUUUAUAAAUUAAAAAAGGGUGGAAUUAUGUAAUAAAAUUAAGAAUUCGAAUUGCCAGUAUAGAUGACAAAACCCACACAAAGAAAUUCCGAAAUAAUAAAUUUAAUCCAAGACUCUAUAAGCAACUCCUGGUUGAUUAGAUUAUAAAACAUACCAGUAGGAAUAAUGAUUGUAAAAAAGGAUAACCUUCAAAUCAUGUUUUAAAAUCAAUCUCUGCUCUAAAUGUUUGAUGGCAUUAAAGAUAUAACAAAAUUUUUAAUGAAUGAAUUACAGUUUAAACUUCAAAUCAAAAGAAAAAGGAAAUAGGUUAAAGAGACAAGCAUUAAAGUGCCAAAACAAUCUCCAAAUCUACACAAUAGUAUUCCACAAUUUUUUAGUUGCAAUAAAAUGCCUAGUAUUUCCAAGUUACCAAAUACUCUAAAUGAAAUUUUGUAAGAAUUACAAAGUGGGAAUCUCGAUUAAUUUUAUUCAAAGGAGAACAAUAUAGAACUUUUGGCUUAAUUAUCAAAAUCAAAGUAACCUGCCUUUCAUGAAGAGGAUUAUGCAAGAAGUAUCUAAUGCAAGAUAUUUUGUGGUUAGAAUGAUCUUGAAUAUUUGAUUAUUAUGGAUGACAUUUCCUUGCAAAGUUAUCUAUAAAAAUUAGAAACAAGGGAAAAAUUUUAAGUAAGAAUUAUUGAUUCCUUUUCUCAUGAAUUAAGAACUCCUUUGAACAGUGCCAAAUUAUUUCUUGAUGGUCUUUUGAAUGAUCCUAGUAUCAAUGAAGAUCACAAAUAGAAUUUUAUUUAUCCUGCUUCAAAUGCGUUAAAAUUAUAAGCAUAUUUAAUUAGGGAUAUUAUAGAUUUUACUUAAUUUCAUUCACAAAUCAUUAAGUAUAAAUUUGAAGAAUUUAAUUUUGAAGAUAUUGUCUAAGAAGUAAAUGACAUUUUUAGACCAAUUCUGUAAAUGAAAUGCCUUGGUUUACACAUUAAUGUGAAAAAUUAAGUACCUCCUUUAAUAUAUUCAGAUUUUGAUAGGAUAAUGUAAAUUUUGGUAAAUUUAAUCUCGAAUUCAAUCAAAUUUUCAGAGAGAGGUUUGAUUACUUUAGAUAUCUCUUGCUAUGAUACUACUCUAACCUUUUGCGUUAAAGAUCAAGGAGUGGGUAUUGAAAAUGAUUAAUUACAGAAAAUCCAAGAAUUUUUAAAAUCCUUCAAUUUAAACAGAGAUUUUUCAUGUCAUGAUGAAUGGUAAGGGCUAGGAUUACUUGUAAGUUAAAUGAACUUAUUUAAGUUAGCCCCAUUAAACAAAACUUAAUUGAGAAUAAAUUCGAAUGGAUUAGGUGACGGAACAUAAAUUAUCUUUAAAAUUAGAACAACUUAAUCUUCAAAUACUCAAAUAGUAGGAAGUACAACUAUGAAAAAGUAAACAAUAAGAACCGCAUAUACAGUACCUGAUCUAUGUAUGGGAAUUUAGGGAAUAUUAAUUAUUAAUAAUCCUAAAUGUGACAAUUUGCUGUUUAAGAAACGACUCUAAUAAAUUCCUAUUAGACAUCACUCAUCAAUAGCAAAUUAUUUUCGGCCAUAAUAAUCGAUUGGGUUGUUAAAUUAAUACGUAGUAGAAGAAACUGAUAUGAUGCACGAAGAGGAUACAUAAAAAGGAAAUCUUUAAGAAAAUUUAAUAAAAUUGAAUAAUACUGGUAAAUCAUUCUCUAUUUUUAUCAAUAAUCAAGAUUUAAAAGAAAAAUCUAUUAAAAGAAGAAAAAAAUCUUCAUUUAGCAUAUCAGAGAUGGAUAGAUCAUCAAGUAAAAGACCAAAUACAUUGAUCUCCAGAUUAAUUUAAAGAGAAGAAUAAGAAAUAGAAAUGGAAGAGAAGUUUGAGAAUUUAUAAUUUCCUUGUUUAUGUGCAAGAAUAUUGUCAGUAGAUGAUGAUCUCUUUAACCAAAAAGCUUUAUAAGUCAUAAUUGGUCAGAUGGGUUUUAGAUUGUUGAUUGCAUAUAAUGGACAUUAAGCUAUUGAAUUGAUAUAAAGCACUGAAAAGUGUUCUGAAUCUUGCAGCUUAUUUCGUUUUAUUUUAAUGGAUUGUUAAAUGCCUAUUAUGGAUGGGUGGACAACCACAAAACAUCUUAUGGAUCUCAUAAGAGACAAAAUAAUCCCAGAUAUACCAAUUAUAGGAUUGACUGCAUUUAAUUCAGCAGAGGACAUCAAUAGAUGUUUAGAGGUUGGAAUGAGAGAUGUUUUGACAAAACCCUUAAAUAUAAACUAGCUAAAAUAAGUUUUGCUAAAAAUAUUUAAUUGA